AUGGCGGCCGACAAUAAUCAGGAAUGGCCGGUACACGAGAUCGUGUACACGGCCAUCGUUGGCGUGUUGAUGCUGGCCGCUCUCCUCGAGUGGUUCCUGUGGAUCGCCGCCUUCCUCUACUGCCUGUACAAGGUGUUUGUAAAGGCAGAGCAUUGGACGGUGAGGGUGCUGGCGGUUAUCGUGGCGAUUGCGUUCACUGCACUGAGACUUAUCUUCUUGCCCAUCAUGGUGGUAACGCUGCCUUUGCCCAAGCAGAUCACCGAGAUGUGGCCUAAGGAGAUGGUCUCCUUUCUGCAGUGGUUUGCCUUCUGGAGUUUCUCGGGUCUGCUGGUCAUCCCCUGGCUGAUGUGCGUCUAUCAGAUCGUCACCAACCAGCUAGGGCGCACGAAGCGCAUCAAGCAGGUCCUCGACGACGUGUCGGCACCGAAGGUUGUCAUCGUCAUGCCCGUGUACAAUGAGGAGCCCGACGUCCUGAUUACCGCCAUCAACUCGGUCGUCGACUGCGACUACCCGCCCGCCUGCAUCCACGUCUUCCUGUCCUUCGACGGUGACGAACAGAACGAGCUGUACCUGCGCACCAUCGAGCGGCUCGGCGUGCCGCUGACCCUCGAGAACUACCCCAAGAGCAUCGACGUCACGUACAAGAAUGCCCGUAUCACCGUCUCACGCUUCCCGCACGGCGGCAAGCGCCACUGCCAGAAGAUGACGUUCAGGCUGAUCGACCGUGUGUACAAGGAGUACCUGCGCCGCAACGACAACUUGUUCAUCCUCUUCAUCGACUCCGACUGCAUCCUCGACCGCGUGUGCCUGCAGAACUUUGUGUACGACAUGGAACUGAGCCCGGGCAACAAGCGCAACAUGCUCGCCAUGACCGGUGUCAUCACCUCCACGACCCGCAAGCACAGUCUUAUCACUCUGCUCCAGGACAUGGAGUACAUCCAUGGCCAGCUGUUCGAGCGUACCGUCGAGUCGGGCUGCGGCGCCGUCACUUGCUUGCCUGGCGCCCUGACCAUGCUGCGCUUCUCAGCCUUCCGCCGCAUGGCCAAAUACUAUUUCGCCGACAAGGCCGAGCAGGCGCAGGAUCUGUUCGACUUCUGCAAGAACCAUCUGGGCGAGGACCGCUGGCUGACACACUUGUUCAUGAUCGGCGCGAAGAAACGGUAUCAGAUCCAGAUGUGCACGUCGGCUUUCUGCAAGACCGAGGCCGUCCAGACGAUGCGCUCGCUGGUCAAGCAGCGUCGCCGUUGGUUCCUGGGUUUCAUUACCAACGAAGUGUGCAUGUUGACGGAUUGGCGUCUCUGGCGGCGGUAUCCCAUCCUCGUCCUGAUUCGCUUCAUGCAAAACACCAUCCGCACGACCGCCCUGCUCUUCUUCAUCAUCAUCCUCGCCCUCUUGACGACAACCAAGCGCGUAGAGGAGCUCCCCAUCGGCUUCAUCGCCAUCUCGCUCGGCCUCAACUGGCUGCUGAUGUUCUACUUCGGCGCGAAGCUCCGCCGCUUCAAGAUCUGGCUGUACCCGCUCAUGUUCGUCCUCAACCCCUUCUUCAACUGGUACUACAUGGUCUACGGCAUCUUCACAGCCGGCCAGCGCACUUGGGGCGGCCCCCGCGCCGACGCGGCGGCUGCCGAUGCCCACACUACCGCGCAACAGGCCAUCGAAAAGGCCGAGCAGGCCGGCGACGAACUCAACAUCGUGCCCGAAUCCUUCAUCCCUGCCGCCCGCGAGCGCCAGGAACUUGCCCGGGCUGCCAAGAAGGGCAAGGGCAAGGACAAGGAGGCUGCCGGCGACGGCAGCAGUACCGACGAUCUCAAGAAGCCUCGCCCGACACCCGUCCCCUCGACCAUCAGCUCCGGCCCCGGCGCGACGCUCCUGCCCCCGGACAAGAUCAUCGGCCGCUUCGCUGCCCCCGAGCGCACCGCCUCCGGUUGGUUCCUGCACCCGAACGACUCGAUGGCCAGCAUCGCGGCCACCGCCCGCAACGGCAGCUACUACAACCACCCGCACUAUCAACAAGCCUACCCGGGCUCGUACCUCUCCACUGCCGACGGCAACGGCAUCACGGCCGACCCCUCUGAACUCAAGCCCCCAUCCUUCCUCUCCCAUUACCGCCGCGACUCCAUUGACAGCACUAUCAGCGCACAAACGGGCAUCUCUAUGUCGAUGUACAUGCCCCAGCGUGUGGAGAACAUCAUGGGCGAAGAAGACCGCAAGAAGUACGAGCUGGCGAUGCAAGCGCAGGCACACGACUCGUACCAUUCCGCGUUUAGCGCCAGCGAUCACGCGCUGCAUCGCUGGAGCGAGUGGACACCGCUCCAUGGUAGUGGGGGUGUUGGCACGAACGGUAGUGGUCAUGGCAAUGGCCGUGAUCGCUCGCCUCAGGGACGGGUGUAUGAAGUUGGAUCGGAGCCGAUCGAUUCGUUGACGCCGCCAUCGCCGAUUCCUCCUCUGAAUGCUGCGGUAGGCGGGACGCAUGGGAGGAGUCCAUUGAGUAGGGCGAGCUGGACGAGGACGUCUAGCGUUGAGGAUGUGGAAAGGGAAAUUAUGGGUCAACAGCAGCAAAGUCGUCCGGGGAGCUCACGGUCUGCGAAGCAGAGGUGA